ACCGGAGGCGAGGUUCCCGGAAAGGGGCCCACGCAUGGCGGCUACUGGUUCCUGAGGCACGCCGGCCUGUUAAGGACACGUCAGCUCUCAGGGCUCCUGACGAGUGACCGUGCUUCCGAAGGGGAAAGUUUACACUGCGUAGACAGCUCUACUGCAAAGAUGGUCAAUGUACCUAAAACCCGAAGGACUUUUUGUAAGAAGUGUGGCAAGCAUCAACCUCACAAAGUGACCCAGUAUAAGAAGGGCAAGGAUUCCCUGUAUGCGCAGGGAAAGAGGCGCUAUGAUAGGAAGCAGAGCGGCUAUGGUGGGCAGACAAAGCCAAUUUUCCGGAAGAAGGCUAAAACCACAAAGAAAAUCGUGCUAAGGCUUGAAUGUGUUGAGCCUAACUGCAGGUCCAAGAGAAUGCUGGCCAUUAAGAGAUGCAAGCAUUUUGAGCUGGGAGGCGAUAAGAAGAGAAAGGGCCAAGUGAUCCAGUUCUAAGCUUUUUCUUUUUAAUUUUGAAAAAUGUUGAAGCAAUAGAAAAAUUACCUGUAGGAAAAUAAAUACAGUGAUAGUCUU